AUGGACAAUGCAACGAAGACCUUCUUUAUAAUCAUGAUAAUUGGAGAGUUCAUAAUGGGAAUUUUGGGGAAUGGAUUCAUUGGACUGGUGAAUUUCAUUGACUGGUUCAAGAAAAGGAAAAUCUAUGUGAUUGAUUUAAUUCUCACCAGCUUAGCCAUUUCCAGAAUCAGUCUGUUAUGUAUAAUAAUGCUAGAUGGCUUUGUUUUGGUGUUUUUUCCAGAUGAAUAUGCCAAGAGCAAGCUCACGAGAAUUAUAGAUGGCUUCUGGACAAUUACCAAUCAUUUAAGUGUCUGGUUUGCUACCUGUCUUAGCAUAUUUUACUGCUUGAAGAUAGCCAAUUUUUCCCACCCUCUUUUCCUCUGGCUGAAGUGGAGAAUUAACAGAUUGAUUCUCAUAAUUCUACUGGCAUCCAUAUUCACGUCUGUGUUCAUUGGCCUUCUAAUAACAGAGAAAUUUAAUGAAGAUUUCAGGGGCCAGAUAAACAGAAAAAACAAGAGAAAUAACACUUUGAAGUUAAUAAUGAGUAAAUCUGAAUACUUUGGGUUCCAUAUGCUUCUCAAUCUGGGAACUCUUGUUCCCUUUACUAUAUCCCUGAUCUCAUUUUUCCUGUUAAUUCUUUCCAUGUGGAAACAUACCAGGAAGAUAAAACUCAGUGCUAUGGAUGCUAGAGAUCCCAGUACAGAGAUCCAUUUAAGAGCCAUGAAAGCUAUGAUCUCUUUCCUCAUCCUCUUUGUCGUUUAUUGUUUGGCCUUUCUCAUAGCCACAUCCAGCUACUUUUUCCCAGAGAGUGAACUUGCAGUGAUAUUUGGUGAGAUAAUUGCAGCCAUCUACCCCUCAGGCCACUCAUUUAUUCUGAUUUGGGGCAAUAUCAAGCUGAGGCGGACAUCCCUGAAUGUACUACAGCAAAUGAAACAUUGUCUCAAAUCCCUUGUGCCUUAG